AUGAUGACCAGUUGUGGCCGGCAGUCCUUGAACGUGCUUGCUGUCCUCUCGUUGCUGGUUUCUGCAGUCCUGUCCGCGCAUUUCCGAGUGUGUGAGCCAUACACGGACCACAAAGGCCGCUAUCACUUUGGCUUCCACUGCCCCCGGCUCUCGGACAACAAAACCUUCAUGCUCUGCUGUCACCAUAACAACACGGUGUUCAAAUACUGCUGCAACGAGACAGAGUUUCAGGCGGUGAUGCAGGCGAACCUCACGGCCGGUUCCGAGGGCUACAUGCACAACAAUUACACCGCCUUGCUGGGCGUGUGGAUCUACGGCUUCUUCGUGCUCAUGCUGCUGGCCUUGGACCUCUUGUAUUACUCGGCAAUGAACUACGACGUUUGCAAGGUUUACCUGGCGCGGUGGGGCCUCCACGGACGAUGGAUGACACAGGACCCCCGGCGGUGGGGCGACCCCGCCCGGCCCCCGCGGCCAGGGCAGCCCGCCCCGCAGCCCCAGCCUCCCCCGGGGCCGCUGCCGCAAGCCCCCCAGGCCGUGCGCACGCUGCAGGGAGAGGCUCACAGCCCGCCGCUGAUGACCUUCCAGAGUUCUUCCGCCUGGGGAAAGAAGGGGCAGCUGGGGCGCCGCCUGUACCGCCACUGCUGCCGACAUGUCGCGCUGGCCGCCAAGACGGUGUCCGAGCUGUGGCGCCGUCGUCACCCUUGCCGUCACCGACACGGCCCACGUUCCUCGGUGCUGCCGUGGCGGGUCUGGGCGAGCCAGCAGCCGCACCACCCCCCAACAGCAGGCAGUUCCAGAAAGCCAGCCGACAAGAAGGAGGAGCAUCACUUCUUUCCUCAGCAUCACAUGGAACGCCAGGGGGGCCUCCGUGAUUGGAAUUCAGAAGUGGAGGGCCACGUCCCCGGCUCUCGGCCAGACUGGGAGACCCGGGACGGGUCCCCUUGA